AAUGAAGAUUUCUUUCAUUUUAUUUUCUUUAUAACUUUUAAAAGAAGGUAUGUAUCGCUGCAAAUGACCCUUUCAGUGUGAGCUGGGGAAAGUGGAGCGGCAAAAUGGAGCAAAAAACAUGGCCAGAUCGAUCCGAUGGAUCUCGAUUCACUGCUUUUCCGUUGUCGAAACCUAGCAAUGGAGAUGGGAAGACCAAAUUAUCCAGGCGUUCCAAAUUCAUUUCAAAACCGUCGUCAUCCCAAACCGACGGUCCUGAUUUCUCGGCUCUCCCUUUCGACAUAUUAACGAAAAUCGCAGCGCCGUUUAAUUUCCCGAAUCUUCUUACGGCGUCGCUGGUGUGCAAGUCGUGGAGGGACGUGCUUCGGCCGUUGAGGGAAGCGAUGGUGCUGCUGCGUUAUGGGAAGCGUUUCAAGCACGGUCGAGGCGGUUUUCGACGCAACUUGGAAAAAGCUCUCGACUCAUUCUUGAAAGGCGCUGCACGUGGCUCUACUCUGGCUAUGGUCGAUGCGGGGCUUAUUUACUGGGAAAGGGGUCAAAAGGAAGAGGCAAUUGCUCUUUAUCAGAAAGCCGCUGCCCUUGGCGACCCUGCUGGACAGUGCAAUCUCGGAAUUUCAUACUUGCACGCUCAACCUCAAAAGCAUAAGGAGGCUGUAAAAUGGUUGCAUGAAGCUUCAGUUGGGGGCCAUAUUCGAGCUCAAUACCAGCUGGCACUUUGCCUGCAUCAAGGUCUUGUGGUGGAUCGAAAUCUUCGAGAAGCUGCUAGAUGGUAUCUAAAAGCUGCUGAAGGUGGAUAUGUGCGUGCAAUGUACAAUACUUCGCUUUGUUAUACAUUUGGGGAAGGUUUGUCACAUAGUCGUAGACAAGCAAGGAAAUGGAUGAAGAGGGCUGCUGAUCGUGGUCAUAGCAAAGCUCAAUUUGAACAUGGACUUGCUCUAUUUUCUGAAGGGGAAAUGAUGAAAGCUGUCGUGUACCUUGAACUUGCUACACGUUCUGGUGAAACGGCUGCAACUCAUGUCAAAAAUGUAAUUCUCCAGCAACUCUCAGCAACUUCUCGUGACCGUGCCAUGCUUCUUGCUGACAAUUGGUGUGCUUUACCUUCAUCUCGCUGAGAAAGGGAAUUUGGGCUCUAAGCCUACUUAUUUAAGGAAGGUUUGGCUAGCUUAGGCGGCUACAAUUAGGUUAUUGCCUCAAUAACCAUUUUACUUUAUCAGGUCACCUGUUUCAACUGUAUCUUCUAAAACAGUAAAAAAUAUGGCACUCAUAUCUUGUUAAUGACUACAAACUAGUUAGCAUCUCUUUUCUUUAUUUGAAGAUUGAUAAGUUAUUUUAACUGCUUUUCAUCAACCAUCUGGAAAAUGUUUAUAGGAGAAGGGGUGAAGAGAAAAGAGAGUUUUGGCUUAUUUUUGUCUUCCUAUUCUUUUUCCUUGUUGAGGGUGUGGAGGUAGGAAGUGGCUUUGAGGUUUCAAACACUUGGUAUAUAUGAAUAUCAGCAAUGGGAGAACGUGUUACGAGUUUUAACUUCCUUUCAUGCACAUGUGAUCAGCAAUGUUACAGAUGAUUAUGACCAUGACAUGUUUGAUCAGUAACAAUUGAUGGUAGGACAUUUGUGUUUGAGAUUGCUACACCAGGAUAUAUUGUUUGUAUUGGCUGUGCUACAAGAUCUAUUAGUGCAAAACAAGUUUGGUGAGUUAUGACAUUAUAGAUACCCUUUCUGCAUUAGGAAGGGAUUUUUUUGGUUUGGAGUUGGAACAGUGGCGAUGAAUCCAUUGGAUGAUUGUUUCUUCCUCUUGUUCUA